AUGAGCACCACCACCACCACAAAUUCAUCCUCUUCUUCAAUAACUUCAUUUGGAAUAGUUGACCAGGUUUUAAAUAAAAUUUUAAGAUCAUUAAUUAAUAAACAUAUUAAAUCAUUAUUAGUUAAUCCAAUUCAAAAAUCAGAAUUUGAAACUAGAAUUUUAGAAUCCCACAAUGUAAAAUUAAAGAAUGUAGUGUUUGACCAAGAGAAAUUAAAACCAAAGUUAGUUGGUCUACCAUUUAGUUUUGGUAUGAUUAAAGUAGCAGAAAUUGAAUUAACUAUACCAUUGGAUGAUAUCUAUAAUAAACCAUUAUCAAUUAAAAUUAAUGGUUUAGAAAUUGAAAUUAUGCCAGUUGAUAUAAACUUUAAUAAUAAUAAUAACAAUAAUAAUAGCAACAACAACAAUAAUAAAAAUAAUUCAUCUUUAAAUAAUCUAGCAACAAGUAUUUAUGAAGAUGAUGACGAUGAUGAAAUUGAAGUAGCACAAAUGCAUACAACUACAAGUUCACCACUUUUAAGUAAAUUAGAAUUAUUAUUAAAGAAAAUUUUAUAUAAUAUUAAUGUUGAAAUUGAAAAUUUAUCAAUAUUUUUAAUGGAUCAAAAUAAUAAUAAUAAUAAUAAUAAUAAUAAUAAUAAUAAUAAUAAUAAUAAUAAUAAUAAUAAUAAUAAUAAUAAUGGUUUUGUUGAAAUUAAUAUAAUGAAAUCAAAUUUUAAAUAUAUUAAAGAAGAAUUAAAUGAAGAUAAUAAUAAUAAUAAUAAUAAUAAUAAUAAUAAUAAUAAUAAUAAUAAUAAUAAUAAUGGUAUGAGUGAUAGUUUAGUUGGUAGUAUACAAAAUGAAAAAAUUGAAAAUGAUAAACCAAAAUUAUCAUAUUUUCAAAGUUUUUUAAAUAUGUUUUCAUCACCACCACAAAGUGGAUCACCAACAAAGAAUGGUAGUGAUAGUGGUUCUGCAAAUAAAAGUAGUGGUAGUAGUGGUAGUAGUUUUAGAAGUAGAAUUAGUGGUGGUUUCGAUUUAUUAUCAAUGAUAUCAUUUCCAGAGAUACAUUUACCAAAUCAUAUAGCCCAAUUUUCAUUUCAACAAAUCUCUAUAAUCUAUCAUAAAGGUGAAGAGGAUUUAACAGAAAAACAAAGAUUCUAUCUAUUCUCUACGAAAAAAGAUGAUACUCAUUAUAUAAGAAUAGAUGAUAAUCAUCCAAAUAAUGAUAGAAUCAAUAUUCAAUGCGAAUUUAAAUCAAGUAUAUAUGGUAAUAUUAAUAGUGACCAAUUAUUAGGUUUAAUUAAACAUUUAUCAAAUAUAUUUUUAAAUAAUAAUAAUAAUAAUAAAAACAAUAAUAAUAACAAUAAUAACAAUAGUAGUAAUAAUGAUAAUUUAAAUUCAUCAAUUUCAAGUAUUAAUGGUUUUAAUAAUAGCGAUAGUGGUAUUGGUAGUAAUGAUAUUACUGAUAUUGAAGAUUUAAAGAAAGAAAUUGAUAAUGAUAAAGAUGAUAAUAAUAACAAUAAUAGUGGUAUUAAUAAUAGUAGUAAUAGUAUUAAUAAUAAUAAUAAUAAUAAUAAUAAUAAUAAUAAUAAUAAUAAUAAUAAUAAUAAUAAUAAUAAUAAUAAUAAUAAUAAUAGUAGCGAUAAACCACAAAAAGAUAUUCAUAUUGAUAUAUCAGUUCCAAGAAUUUCGUAUUAUUUACAUUUACCUUUACAUGAAACUGAUAUGAUUUUACCAAAACCAAAUUUUGCAAUUCAUGUAAAUGGUGAACAAAUGCGUUGUUAUGUUAGUAAAAUUUCAGGUUUCUUAAAUACUGAUAUUCAUUUCGAAACAAUUGACAUAGAUAUAUUACCAAAUGGUGUUAUAAAUAAUAAUAAUAAUAAUAAUAGUGAUAGAUAUAAUGGAUUAAAAAUUAGUGGUACACCAGCAAUUAAAAUAUCAAAUAGAUUAGAAGUACUAAGUGAUAGUGAAAUUCAAAGGUUAUAUCCAAUCAAUUCAUCAUUGUAUACUGCAAAUCCAUUCUUUCAAAGUCAUCAAUCAUCUUAUCAUAAUGAUGAACAUAGUAUUGAAGAAGCAAAUAGAUUAUCAACUUGUAAUAUCUCUUGUGUUUUACCAAAUAUUGAUUUAAAAUUAAAGAAAUCUGAUUAUGAAAAUUUAAUAUCUUCCUUUGUUUUAUCUUCAAGUGAAUCAACUUCAACAAGUAUUUUCACUUUAUUUUCAACAAAUGGUAAGGCAACAUUUCAAUUAUUAUUUGAAGAUAUGGAAACUAUUAAAGAUGAAGAUCCAAUUGAAUCAUUUAAUUUAGAAGUUAAUAGAUUUGAUUAUUUUAUGGCAAUUGGUUAUCCUGAUGAAUUUUAUAAACCAAUUUCAAGUUUUAGUUAUAUUUCAUUGGAUAAGAUAAGUUCAUAUGUUCAUUAUUAUCAAAGACCAAAUUCAACAAUACCAUGUUUAAAACCUGAAUUAUUUUUAACUAAUCAAUUAAUUGAAUUAAAAAAUCAUCAAUCUAAAAAUCAAUUUAAAAUGUCAAUUGAAAUAUUUGAAGAUUAUGGUGAUCAAAAUAAUAAUAAUAAUAAUAGUAAUCACAAUAAUAAUAAUGAUAAUAAUAAUAAUAAUAAUAAUAAUAAUAAUAAUAAUAAUAAUAAUAAUAAUAAUAAUAAUAAUAAUACGAGCGAAGAUGAAAUUAAUAAUUUAUUAUCAAAAGAUGAUUUUUUAUAUACUUAUUGUGAUUCAUUAGAAUUUCAAGAUUCAAAGAGUAGAUUAUUAUUAGGUUCAAUUUGUUUUGUACCUUCAAUGUUAUUUAUAAAUAGAUUUAUAAAUUGGAUAAGUUUACCUGACCCAACUACAUUUGAUCCUGAAUUAUCAACAAAAAUAUCAUCACCUCAACAAUUACAAGAACAAAUGAAAAAACAACAACAAGAAGGAAAAGAUCAACAAAAAUCAAAAGAAAAUAGUAUAGUAUCAUUAAAUAAUUUAGUUAUACAUUUUGGUUCAAAUAAUUCACCAAGAUUAAAGAUAUCUUCUAAAUCAUUGAUUAUAUUUCAAUUAUUUGAUUCUGGUGAUGAUGAAGUAUUACAAUUUCAAAUGUAUCAAACUAAAAUAUUGAUGAGAGAAGUCGAUUAUAAGAAUCAAGAUUAUAAAACAAUUGGUGAAUCCUAUAAUUCAAAAGAUUUAUUAUUCCUCUUAAAAAUGAAUCAAGAUAAGAAAUGCUCAAAGAUUGAAAUCAUUGAACAUUCCUAUGAUAUUAGAUUAUCAAAAAAAGAAUUUAUCAUCUUAAAAUCAUUAUUCCCAAGAUUCCUUCAAAAGUUAACUCAAUUAAUGGUCAUAAAACAAGAUCAAAAUGAUAAAAAAAAUCCUGAAACUAUUACAACCAAAUUAUUAGAUAAAAUUGAUAGUGUUCAUAUAAAUUAUGAUUAUCAAAUUGAUAAUCAACAAUUUAAUAAUAAUAAUGAUAAUAAAAGUAAUAAAUUUCAAACAACUACAACUACAACUACUCAACAACAACAAUCUCAACCUCAACAACAAUCUCAACAACAACAAAAAGUUGAAUUUUCAAGUGAAAUACCAAAUCAUCAAUCAAGUAUACCGAUUAAUUUUCAAAUUUAUAUUAUUGAUUUAGUAAUUUAUUUUCAUAUAAUAGGAAAUGAUAAUAAUAGCAGUAUUGUAUUAGAAGCAAAUAUAUCUGAAUUAGUACAUACAACUUAUCAUCAAAAUAAAAAGAAAAAUCAAUUAAAUAAUAGUUAUCAUCCACAACAACACCAGCAACAACAACAACAACAACAACAACAACAACAACAAAAUACAGCAUCAUCUUCAUCAUCAUCAAGUGAACAACGUCAACAAAGAAGUAUUAAAGAUUAUGAUAAUUUAUUAGUAGUUAAUAUUAGUUCAUUAUUAAUUAGAGAUAAUGUUAGUAAUUAUUAUCAAAAUUUAUUAGGACCUCUAAGUCAUUUUCAAAUGAUUGCAAUCGAUGAUUUUGAAAUUGAUGAUAGUGAAAAAGAAAGAAAAAAGAAACAUCAACAAGAAGAACUUUUAAAACAAAAAGAAAAUAUACUUUCAUUUAUUUUUGCAACAAGAGUUGAUAUAUUCAAUAGAACUUUUCAUAAUUUAAAAUUACAUAUUUCACCUUUAUUCUUAGAAUUUCAUCAAAAAUCGGUUGAUUUCUUAUUACAUUUCUUUUCAACUGAUGAUAAUUUUAAUAAUUUUGAUUUUAAUGAUACAAAUAAUCAACAACAACAACAACAACAACAACAACAACAACAACAACAACAACAACAACAACAACAACAACAACAACAACAACAACAACAACAACAACAAAAUAAUCAACAAAAUAAUAAUGAAACAAAUGAUGAAAAUAAUAAUAAUAGUAAUAGUAAAUUUUUAAAUGAUGAAAAUGAAAAUGAAAUAUUUUAUGAUGAAUUUGAAAUUUAUCCAUUACAAUUUAAAGUUGAUUAUAAACCUUCAUCAAUUUUAACAAAUCAUAGUUUUACAAAAGGUGGAUUUGUAUGGGUAUUCCAAAUGAUACCAUUGAAUGAUGCAUAUUUUACUUUACCACAUAUUCAUAUUAGAGAUAUUGGUAGUAAAGCAUUGUCAGAGAGUAUAAUGUCAAUUUAUUCACCACAUCUAUUUGGAAAGAAUAUAUUUCAAUAUUUAGGUGGUGUAACACCAAUUUCAAUUGGUAUUGGUAUUGGUAGAUCAAUUAUGGGUUUAAUCAUUCAUCCAAUUAAGGAAGCAAAAGAUAGUGAAAAUGUUAUAGCAGGUCUAGGUAAAGGUUUAACAAAGGGUAUGAAGAAAAUCACUGUUGAACUCUUAACAACAUCUUCAAAGAUGACAGGUUUCGCUUCGAAAAUAUUUGGUACUUUAAAUAAUCAAGCCUCUCAUAAUCAAUCCAUUUGGACAAGUCAACCAGAGAAUUUAACUGAAGGUGCCAAAAAGGGAAUGUCAAAAAUAUUUGGUGGAUUUUAUAAUGGUGUUAAAGGUGUGAUCGAUCCUUUCUCUCAAUCAACUGGUCCAAUCAAUUUCUUAAAUAAUAUGUUUUGGGCUGUACCUGGUUUAUUAGUAAAUCCAAUACUUGGUAUUUCAGAUGGUAUCACCUUUUUUUCUUUAGGUCUUAGAAAUAGUUUAGAUUAUACUAAAAUUGAAAUGGAAAGAAAGAAAUUUAAACCAAAAAAUCUAAUUUCCACUUCUCCAACUAGUAAUAAUUCACCUUUAUUACAAAAUUCAAAUAAUGAAAAUAAUAGUGCUUUUUUAAGAUCUUCAACAAGUAAUAUAAAUAUUUAA